GAGCUUGAACAUCAUAGAAAGGAAGUUGAAGAUGAAUUACAGAAUCUUCGAAGUAGAGCAGAGGUAUGUCGUGAGAAACGAGCCAGGUAUGAGCAUAAUUAUCAUACCGUUGCUUCCGUUCCCUUUUUUGCCUCACAAUCAAAGAAGCGCUACAUCAAGGCUCGUGAUAAAAAUUCAGAGAUAGAGCAACAGAUUUCAGAGAAACGUCAAACAUUAGAUAAGUGUCGAGAACAUCUUAAACUUAUCUCUAAGGCAGUAGCAGCACAACAGGCAGAAAGGAGUCAAUUAUUAACAGAAAGAGAGAGAUCCUUAAAUGCCCUUCACUCCUCUCAGCAACAAUUAAACGAGUUAAAAGAAGGUUGUGAGUUUUGGUCGAACUUUGACAGCUAUCAAGCACAAGUCGUAUUGGAAUCAGCCAUCUAUUUACGAGAUCUUUUAGAAGGUGAUAAUACUAUCAAAGAGAAGAAAAAGAAGAAGAAAGGCAAGAAGGAUGCUGCUUCAGAGGAUAAUGUAUUGGAUAUCAACGAAGUUUGGAUAAAAACUUUCAGGUUAGCUUGCUUUGAAUAUGGCGAUCAUGAAUUAUAUGGUGAUAUGCACUGGAGUCUUACAAGUUUACAAAUUUAUUUUGAUUGUGGUUUAUGUGAAAUUUAUCAAGUAGGCUGGCCAAAGAUGAUGACACUAAAUCAUAUUACAGAACUGGCUUGUGAGUUAUGUUAUAGUACUAUU